CGGGGAAUCAUUUAGAGAACUGUUUUGCAAACUGAAGGCUAACUACACCGGAAAUACUGGCAUGUGCGCAUAUGAGGCUCAACUAAGUUACCCCGAAGCUGCUGUUGCUCAAGGAGUUCUUCUCAUACUACUUUAUCGCGUUUGGCUUCCUUUUCCACUUUUUCGGAGUUCGAAGCUGAAAAUGGGUUUGGUCACAAAUAGUCGACCCACAAAAGGGAUGACAUUUGAUUCUCCCCAAUGUAAGACAAAUUGCAAUCAAAAGGUCAGGAUGAAAGCAGGCAAGUGCUUAAAUAUAUUUUAUGGCAAUUUGGAAGCAGUUAAGAAUGUGUUCCAUUGUUAGGGACCAGUUAAUAACGCAGUGAGCACAUACUUACUAGGACUUUCCUAACAAAGUACACUCCCCAAGUCUCAAUGAGUAAGGAUCCAAAGUUCUUAGAAGUAA